CUACAAUAGAAUUAGCAGGUUAUUUUAAAAGGAGAUUGAAAAAGCUAGAUAUUGAAAACCAAGAGUUAUUGGAUACGAAAAUAAGAUUAGAGAGUUUAAUUUAAGAGUUUUUGGAAAGAAUAUCUAAAAAGAUGCAAAGAUUCAAAGAAAUUAUUCUGAAGUUUAGUAUGAAGGGAAAAUGUAAUAGAGUAUAUAUCAACCAAUGACUUAGAGAGUUACAGCUAAGACGAGUACUAAUUAAAUAUAAAAGUAGGUGUAUGCUCGUUCUCUUUUUAAACGAUCAAUUUAAGAUGUUAAAAUUAAAUCAUUAGAUAAGGGCAAUAAGGAGAAGUAAAGAAAAAAGGUGGAGGUAUAGUAAGUAGAGGAUUAGAAUUAAUAAUAUGUUAAUGA